UGACAUUUUAUCAAAUCCAAAACGUGCACUAAAUUAUGAAAACCGAAAGCCUGAUUUAUUGCACCUCACAGUCAAUACCUUUCUCUUGCUAUUCAAUGAUUCGUACGUUCCAUUGAUCAUCUUCCUUUUCUUUUUCCCUGACAAUCUGGGAUUCCUUCUAAUCCACUUUUCCAUUUCGACUUGUGAUGUCUCUUUGAUUGUCGGGGGGAAAACGCAGCCAGACAACUCCGAGAUUGUUCUCCUUGGGGAUUGAAUUUCUGCUCUGUUGUUAAACUUAACUAAUUGUGGAAAUAUUGAUCCCAAGAAGAUUGAAUCUUUUUGUUUAUAGAAUAAUACCCAUCUGAUAAUUUCCUCAAGCUGUUUGUGGGCCUGCUGAAUUCAUAAUUUUCAUGCAAAACUGAUUUGGUAGUUUUCUGACUCCUUCGGCGAUUGUUUUAUUGGUGUAUGCGGAUUGAAUUGGAAAAGAGGCGUAUUAGAGAGGGCACAUUGGAGAUUGUAAAGCCUGGUUAUACAUUUGCAAAUAUAAUGUCAAAUACCCAAAAUGGAAAGCUGUAACUUUUGCAGAAAUCAAUGCUGAAUUUGCUUUGUUUUGAGUUUGAAAGAAGGCGAUAAUGGACUCGGAUGUCGGGGCUGGUGGUGGUGGUGGGGUUGAGGAGACCUCGCCUGACAUGUUAAGGAAUACUCCUUCAAAUAUAAGGAGGUUGGUUAAUGAGAUUGAGAAGUGUGAGGGCAGGCAGAAAUAUCUUGCUCAUACUAGGAGUCCCUCAGAUGGUGGUGAUGUUCGGUGGUACUUCUGCAAGGUCCCGUUGGCAGCAAAUGAGCUAGCUGCAUCUGUCCCACAAACAGAAAUUGUGGGAAAAGGUGAUUAUUUUCGAUUUGGUAUGAGGGAUUCUCUUGCAAUUGAGGCAUAUUUCUUGCAGAGAGAGGAUGAGUUACUUUCUAGUUGGUGGAAAGAGUAUGCAGAGUGUAGUGAAGGUCCAAAGGGGACUGGUCUUAAUUCCAAUUCAUCCCUACAGACAAAAGAAUUUUUUCUGGAGAGUUGUGAACCAGAUCAGCUAUAUGCAACUGAAGAAGAAAGAGUUGGUGUCCCUGUAAAGGGAGGAUUGUAUGAGGUGGAUUUGGUCACAAGACAUAGUUUUCCUGUAUACUGGAAUGGAGAGAAUCGGCGUGUCUUACGAGGCCACUGGUUUGCUCGUAAAGGUGGUCUCGAUUGGCUUCCUCUGCGUGAGGAUGUUUCUGAGCAAUUGGAGUAUGCAUAUCGUACUCAGGUCUGGCACCGAAGAACCUUUCAACAGUCGGGUCUCUAUGCUGCUCGAGUUGAUUUACAAGGCUCUACCCCAGGACUGCAUGCCCUUUUCACUGGUGAAGAUGAUACAUGGGAAGCUUGGCUAAAUGUUGAUGUUUCUGGGUUUUCUGGUGUUGUAGGUUUUGGAGGGAAUGGUAUUAUGCUAAGACGUGGAUAUGCUCCAUCGCAGUCGCAGAAACCUACACAGGAUGAAUUACGUCAGCAGAAGGAGGAGGAGAUGGAUGAUUACUGUUCGCAGGUUCCUGUUCGUCAUUUAGUAUUCAUGGUUCAUGGUAUUGGUCAAAGGUUGGAGAAGUCUAAUUUGGUGGAUGAUGUUGGAGACUUUCGGCAUGUAACAGCAAGCGUUGCUGAAAGACACCUGACUUCUCACCAACGUGGCACUCAGAGAGUUCUUUAUAUUCCUUGCCAGUGGAGGAAGGGCUUGAAACUUAGUGGUGAACUUUCAGUUGAAAAAAUCACUUUAGAUGGCGUCCGAGGGCUGCGUACCAUGUUGAGUGCAACUGUUCAUGAUAUCUUAUACUAUAUGAGCCCAAUCUAUUGUCAGGAGAUCAUAGACUCGGUAUCCAACCAACUCAACAAAUUAUAUUUGAAGUUUCUUAAGAGGAAUCCUGGUUAUGAUGGAAAGGUUUCCUUAUAUGGUCACUCCCUAGGAAGUGUUCUAUCUUAUGAUAUCCUUUGUCAUCAAGAGAAUCUGUGUUCCCCAUUUCCAAUGGGGUGGAUGUACAAUGAAGAAAAAGCAAGUGAGGCGUCUUGUUCUAUCGGUAAUAACGUAACACCCAGCUGCAAUCCCAUCUCGAAUUCUGGGGAUGAGAGCCCUAAGAAUAUUGAAACUGCAAGCAUGGUCGGUGAUGUGGAUUAUCCAGACCUUCUCGAGGACUCUGUGGAGGGAAAAAAUAAUCCAUUGGGUCCUCCUGCAUCAUCAGAGUCUGAUGUAUCAUCAGCUGACAUUGGCUACCAGAAGAUAUAUGAUGCCUCAUCAUUAGAUGAAAACACCAAGGAACCUUUUCAAAAUUCAAAUCACAUGGAAAUCUAUAAAAGUGAUAUGAUGAAUGACACAAAUAGCAUGAAAAGUGAUCUUGUACCGUACGAUGACAGGACAGAUGACAAGGAUGUUUCUGGCAAUAAUAAAGAUGAAACAAUUAAAUCAUUGAGGGAAGAGAUUGAGUUCUUGAAAGCAAAAUUCAAAGAAUUAGAAACUGAACGUGUUGAGAAAGAUAAGGCAAACAAGAGUUCACCACUAGUAAAUCAAUCUGAUACUGAGAGAGCUCAACCUGGGGAUAGAGAUUCCUCAAAGAGUUAUAAUCCCAAGAUACGAUACACAAAAUUAGAGUUCAAGGUGGACACUUUCUUUGCUGUUGGCUCUCCGCUUGGGGUUUUUCUCUCCCUCCGCAAUAUCCGCAUUGGAAUCGGCAAAGGUAAAGAAUAUUGGAAAGAGGAAAAUAUAAAUGAAGAGAUGCCGGCAUGUCGGCGAAUGUUUAACAUCUUCCAUCCUUUCGAUCCUGUGGCUUACAGAAUUGAACCACUUAUCUGUAAAGAAUUUAUACACAAACGUCCCACCAUUAUUCCUUACCACAGAGGUGGGAAGAGGCUGUAUGUUAGGUUUCAGGAAUUUAAAGAAGGGCUAGCUUCACAUACUCGAACUUUAGUGGAUCACUUGAGCACCAUAAGGGUCAAAGUGCUGACAAUCUGUGAAUCAAGACGCGCUGACAGUUGGGAUGUGGAAUCUGAAGAUACCAAAGAAAAAGGAGAGAAAUCGUAUGGUGCACUUAUGCUGGAUAGACUGAUAGGAAAUGAAGGCGGGCGAAUUGAUCAUGUGCUACAAGACAAAACGUUUCGUCAUCCAUACAUAUCAGCCAUUGGAGCCCACACAAACUACUGGAGAGAUUCCGAUACUGCUCUUUUCAUGUUAAAGCAUUUAUAUCGGGAUAUACCAGAGGAACCCAUCUUGGCAAGUGACCAAGUGGAAGACAGUUCAAAAGAUGAGAAUGGUUUGACGGGUUGGUUUGAUCAGAGGGAGGUGGCUGAUGAAGAACUCCCAUUGACCUUUGCUGAUAGUGUCAUCAGUGUUUCUCCCAACAAUGUGAAGAGAAUGAUGAAAAACUGAAAGCUACUGUGCAGAAAGCUUGUUUGUAGGACUGACUUUUCCUCAAAAGAAAUCCGAGACCAUUAAAACAACUUUGCAACACGCCGUUUACCUGCAUAUGUUUUGGCCAUAUAGCUCUUUCAGUCAACUUCGAGGUGCUGCAAAAGAGGUUUGUAUUUCUAUUAUUUUCUUACAGGGGUUUACAGUCAAUCACCAUCACCUCAAAAAUGGCGGGGGAUUUCAGUAGUUCACGGAGGAUUCUUUUAUAUGCAAAGAACACAUAGGUUCUGUGAAAUACGAGAUGGAAUAGAUGGGGGAACAUGUAGCAUGUACAAAUGUAAGUAUGGAUGCAACUUUCUUUUUCCCCUGAAAUAUGUAAGAUAACAUGGCUUCAAGCAAGUUCCAUUUGAAAUGAUACUGUAUAGCUUGUAUAGCUCA